AUGUCUCCAACUCCUCAAUGGGUCAAGGACCUGAAGCCGUCUCCUCCACAAGGGACAGAACUCAUCAAGGCGGAGAGAGAGACGUCCAAUAUCUCUGUCGAGAAGCUCUCCAACUUCCUCUUCACUAAAGAUGUCCUGGACCGUCAGCAAAAGAUCCUGGAGAUCCUUCAAGCGGACAAGGUGUUUGACAAGUCCAACAACUAUUUCGAUGGACGGGUCGACAGGUUCCAGACCUCGCUGGCCAAAGCGAAGAGGUUAAGGCAAUUAUAUGUCAAGCACAACUGGACUCAGGAUGAGUACAUGAUGGCCAACGACCUCAUCAGCGAGCCUACGCCUUAUGGAUUGCAUGCAACCAUGUACCUUACAACUCUCCGAAGCCAAGGAACCGAUGAGCAGCACAAGCUCUUUCUCGAACCUGCUGAGAAUUACAAGGCUAUUGGCUGCUAUGCGCAGACGGAAUUGGGACACGGAUCGAAUGUGCGAGGUUUGGAGACGACGGCCACUUGGAACCCAGAGGACAAAACUUUUGUUCUUCAUUCCCCACACCUCACCGCAUCGAAGUGGUGGAUCGGAUCGCUUGGACGGACAGCAAAUCAUGCGGUUGUGAUGGCACAGCUCAUCAUCGGUGGAAGGCCAUAUGGACCGCAUCCAUUCGUCUGCCAGAUCAGAGACAUGAAGACACACGAGCCAUUGGAGGGAGUACACGUUGGUGACAUUGGACCCAAAUUUGGCUACAACACUAUGGAUAACGGAUUUCUCCUCUUCAACAAGGUCAAGAUCCCACACGUCAACAUGCUAGCCAGAUUCUCCAGAGUCGAUCCCGAAACUAGUAAAUACGUCAAGCCAUCCUCUCCAUCUCUGAUUUACGGUACUCUGACCUGGGUGCGGUCCACGAUCGUCUUGCAAUCUGGAGGAGUCCUGGCUCGAGGUGUGACUAUUGCCACAAGAUAUGCUGCAGUGAGGCGUCAAUUUCAAGACCGAGAUGCUCCAUCAGGAUCCGACGGAGAGAACCAAGUUCUGAACUAUACUAUGGUGCAGUUCCGUCUUCUUCCUCUGUUGGCAGCCACAUUUGCACUCCAUUUUACUGGAAAGUCUAUGAUGGCCAUGUACCAGGAAAAUCAAAAGAGGAUGCAACAAGUGGGUGCGGAGGGCUCGAAAUCCAAUCGUGGCCCUGGCCCUGAGGAGACGCACUCUGGCAGUGAUCUUCUUGCUGACUUGCAUGCCACAUCCUGCGGGUUGAAAGCUCUUGGUAGUACCACCGCCGCUGAGGGUCUCGAGGUCUGCCGCAGAGCUUGUGGCGGACACGGAUACUCUAGCUUCAGUGGAAUCGGCUCUUGGUAUGCCGACUACCUUCCCACAACCACUUGGGAAGGUGACAACUAUAUGUUGACUCAACAGGUCGCACGAUACCUCCUCAAAUCUGCUCGGGCAGUUCUCAAAGGUAACGCCCCGAACAAUGAUACAUCCCGCAUUUUCGCCAAAUUUUUGAAGAAACAAGACAUGGGCGCCGCUUUCGACAUUCUGGGUUCCGACAGUGACCUUGUUGAUGCAUUCGCAUGGCGUGCAUCCUUCCUUACCUUUGAGGCCCUCAAGCACCGAGACGUCGAGAAGAACUCGUGGAACUCUCUGCUGGUAGACUUCUGGCGCCUCAGCACAGCUCACUCUCAAUACCUCGUCGUCAAGAAUUUUUACGAUGCCCUUCAAUCCGAGUCUCUACGCUACGAACUCGACCCCGCCACUAUCGAUGUUCUGCACAAGCUCUUCCGUCUCUACGCACUUAAUACGCUCGAGAAAGAAGCUUCUGAGUUCUACUCAUCCUCUGCUGUCACAGUGCGCCAGAUCCAACUCGCGCGCACAAAGUCUGUGAUGAACCUAUUGCAGGAGAUCAGACCGCAUGCUUUGCGAUUGGUUGAUGCUUGGGCUUUUCCGGACUGGCAGCUUGACUCCAGCCUGGGACGGAAAGACGGAAAGGUGUACGAGGACAUGUUCUACAGAGCCAGCCAGUUGAACCCUUUGAAUGGUCUGACGGUGGACCCGUACCCAGACAGUGAUGUUUUGAUCAAGAAGGACGAGACAAGCUCUUUCAAGAGCAAGUUGUAG